AUGCUAUCUACUCUGAUCGACGAUCCCUCCCCAGCUAUCUCGCUACAGUGGCUAGGAAGCAUGCGAGAAGAAAUCGAUUGCCCAGAUGUAAUACAAGGGCUGCUUAAUCACUCGUAUCCAAACCAAAUUCUCAAGAAAGCAACAGAUCUAAACUGCACCAUAUCGGACAGAAAAUUUGCAAAAUACAUGGACGAAAGGGACCCUCUUCGGAGGAUAAGACAGCUUUUCCACUACCCGAAAAUGAAGGAGGUGGACGGACCUGAUCUGAGCUUAGUUCAUCCUGAUGAGGACUGUGUUUACUUUUGUGGAAAUUCCCUGGGUCUGUGCCCAAAAGAUGCAAAAUCACACUUUGACGUGGAGCUUGAAAAGUGGGCGAAAAAGGGUAUGCAGGGCUACUUUCAUCGAGGUCAGUCUCUACCUUGGACAAAUUGUCACGAGUUUCUGGACAUUGACAUGGCAAGAAUUGUCGGAAGCAGAGCUGGUGAAGUUUCCAUCAUGAACGCACUGACUGUAAAUCUUCACCUUUUGCUCGUUUCUUUCUACAGACCAACAAAGACACGACAUAAGAUUAUGUGUGAAGGGAAACCUUUCUCAUCUGACCUUUACGCGUUCAAGAGUCAAAUCCGACUGCAUGGUUUUAAUCCAGAAAAAAGCCUGCUGUUUCUUGAACCAAGGGAGGGCGAGUUUACACUUAGAACAGAAGAUAUUCUGACAAAGAUAGAGGAAGAAGGCGAAACAAUCGCUGUGAUUUGUUUCAGUGGUAUACAUUACUACACUGGUCAAAUGUUUGACAUGCGGAGCAUAACACGUGCGGGCCACGCCAAGGGAUGUUACGUGGGGUUUGAUUUAGCCCAUGCUGCUGGAAAUGUUCCGUUACAUCUGCAUGACUGGGGCGUAGAUUUUGCCUGUUGGUGUACAUACAAAUAUCUAAAUUGCGGUCCGGGAAAUUUAGGAUGCAUUUUCCUACACGAAAGACACAAAGACAACGAUUUUCCAAAACUACUAGGAUGGUGGGGGCACAACGUUAAAACAAGAUUCAAUUUUGACAAUGAGAUUGACCUUUGUCCGGAAGCAUAUGCUUACAGAAUAAGCAAUCCGUCAGGACUUCUGUAUCCAUCAAUGAAGGCUAGUUUGGAGAUAUUCAACCAAACAUCGAUGGAUGACAUACGAAACAAAUCAAUACUUCUCACGGCUUAUAUGGAAUAUCUUAUCACCAAAAAGUAUGGCAGGCCAGAUCCUAAGGAUGCAGCAUUUCAACAAAUACGCAUCAUCACCCCUUCGGACCCAGGUGAACGCGGCGCCCAGCUGUCACUUUUACUUUCUGCCAAUGUCUCAUGUGUUUAUACAGAGCUUAUAAAGAGAGGUGUUUUGUGCGACUUAAGGAAGCCUCAUGUGAUCCGCGUGACGCCUGCCCCACUCUACUGUUCUUUUGAAGACGUCUAUCGCUUCAUGGAUUUCCUUGAUCAGGCAAUGAAUGUUGCUACUCAUUCCAAAAAUGCCAACAGAAAAUAA